GUUUCCCCCAUCAUCAUCCACAUCCUCCGUUUUGGAACGCCGGGUUUCCGCAUAAUCUUUCCUCCUACAAACAUCCCUCAAUGUCUGCAAACAUUGAAUCAGAAGAAAAGGCAUCUAUGCCCGCAUAUGCUGAACAGGAAGGAGGCGUGAAAGGAACUAGCAGCCUGUCCAGCAGAGAACCUACAGGAAACCCAGCGGAAGUGAAAGCUCUCCGAUGGAAGCAGGACUUGCGGAUCGUGCCGCUAUGCGCUGGCAUUUACCUCCUGUGCUACUUGGAUUGCUCAAAUAUCGGGAAUGCAAAGACUCUCAACUCGAACAAGCACCACGACCUCCUUUCUGAGACACACAUGACCAGCUAUCAAUAUACGAUUGCACUCAUGGUCUUCUUGAUUGCAUAUGCGAUCUUUGAGGUUCCUUCCAACUACUUACUCAAGAAGCUUAGCCCCUCGAAAUUGAUUUCAUUUCUAAUGUUUUCCUGGGGUGCGCUGACUAUUGGACUUGGUGGCGUCAAGAGCUUUGGACCCUUGAGUGGCGUUCGAUUUCUGCUUGGGGUUUUCGAGGCCGGCCUCUUCCCGGGAGUAGUUUACUACCUGACCUUCUGGUACCGAACUGAUGAAAGAUCCAUUCGCAUUGCAUUCAUUCUCGCAUCGGCCACGCUCGCUGGCGCGUUUGGUGGUGCGUUGGCCUAUACAAUCGGCCACAUGGACGGAGCGUCAGGAUUAGCAGCUUGGAGGUGGCUUUUUAUCAUUGAAGGUAUCCCAAGCUGUCUGUCUUCCAUUCUGGUAUACUUCAUCUUGCCGGAUUAUCCAGAGACUGCAGGAUGGCUAUCUGAGUCCGAGAAGGCUCUUGCAGUCGACCGCCUUCGCGAGGAAGGUUCUCAUGGCCUGGGGAGGAGCCUAACCUGGGCUGAGGCCAAAGAGACCUUGACUGAUUAUCGUCUGUACGCGCAUUAUGCGAUUUACUUUGGCAUCUCGUGCCCAUUCUCGUCUCUGUCGUUAUUCACACCAAGCAUCACCGCUGGCCUUGGUUUCGAGAACUUGCAGGCACAACUCAUGACCGUCCCUCCUUACGCUGUAGCAUACGUCGUUACAAUCCUCGUUUCCUGGUCCGCUGAUUACUUCAACGCGCGCGCUCUACACUCCGCUAUAUUCGCCACAAUAGGAGCCGUUGGCUUCAUAGCUUCCGCCCUCCUCCCAGCAACCUCAUAUCACUCCCGCUACGGCUGCCUCAUCCUCGCCGCAUCCGGCGCAUUCUCCUGCAUCCCCUCUCUGCUCGGCUGGAUCUCCUCCAACAUGCACACAACAGCCGGCGCCGGUCUUGCCAUUGCGCUCAACAUAUCAUUUGGCGCACCGGGCCAGAUAGCCGGUGUUUGGAUCUACAAAGCCAAUCAAGCAAAAGGGGGAUACCCUAUUGGACACUGGACGAAUGCCGGCCUGUUGUUGUUUGUGGCUGUUGGGUGUUUAGGCUUGUUGGUAUACUAUCGGAGGCUGAAUAAUGGGGUUUUGAGGGACGGGGGACUGGGCGUCGCAGCGAAAAGGCUUUAUAGGUAUUGAUGGAAAACCCGUGCCUGAAAGGUAGAUAAUCUUAUGUGUGCAAAUUGUCAAUCCAUUUUUAUUCCUUGC